CUCUCUAUAUAAAUAUGAUAUUCAGUACAUCCAAAUUAUUCCUUUAAUCGCCUAAUAUUAUAUACAUAAUUGUGUGUUAACACUAUAUAUAUAACCAUCUUACUAUUUUUGUUAGUCUAAUAUAAACACAUUUCUUCCUUUUGGUUUUACAGAGCCAUGGAAGCAGAAACCUCCACCACAGUUCCGAUGGACUCUAAGCCUUCAAAGUUCGCUCUCCCCGUAGAUUCAGAGAACAAGGCCACCGAGUUCAGAUUAUUCUCGGCGGCCAAACCCCACAUGAGAGCCUUUCACCUCUCUUGGAUCUCUUUCUUCUCGUGCUUCGUCUCCACUUUCGCGGCGCCGCCGUUGAUCCCGAUUAUCCGAGACAACCUCAACCUCACUGCCUCCGACAUAGGCAAUGCUGGGAUCGCCUCUGUUUCGGGCGCGGUCUUCGCUCGUGUAGCAAUGGGAACAGCCUGCGACCUCUUCGGACCGCGUUUGGCCUCGGCCUCUCUCAUCCUCCUGACUGCACCGGCGGUGUACUUCACUGCCAUGGCCAACUCCGCCACCUCCUUCCUCCUCGUCCGCUUCUUCACUGGCUUCUCUUUAUCUACUUUUGUCUCGACCCAGUUCUGGAUGAGCUCUAUGUUCUCGGCUCCGGUCGUCGGCGGAGCCAACGGAGUCGCUGCUGGGUGGGGAAACCUGGGAGGCGGCGCCACCCAGCUCAUCAUGCCUCUAGUCUUUUCCCUUAUCCGAGAUCUCGGAGCCAUCAAGUUCACAGCUUGGAGAAUCGCCUUCUUCAUCCCUGCCCUGUUUCAGACAAUGACCGCUUUCGCUAUCUUAAUCUUCGGCCAAGACACCCCGGACGGAAACUUCCAAGGCCUGAAGAAAUCCGGGGACAAACCCAAAGACAAGUUUUCCAGCGUUUUGUAUUUCGGCGUUACCAACUAUAGAGGAUGGAUUCUGGCAUUAACGUACGGAUAUAGCUUCGGGGUAGAGUUGACCAUCGAUAAUAUCAUAGCUGAGUACUUCUUUGACAGAUUCAAUCUGAAUCUGCACACGGCUGGGAUGAUAGCGGCGAGUUUCGGGUUGGCUAACAUCGUGUCUAGGCCCGCCGGAGGGAUCAUCUCGGAUGCAAUGGCGAGAAGGUUUGGAAUGAGAGGAAGGCUUUGGGCUCUGUGGAGUAUGCAGACUUUUGGUGGAGUUUUGUGUGUGAUUCUUGGGCAGUUGAACUCUUUGGGUGCUUCUGUUGUGGUUAUGAUAUUAUUCUCUUUCUUUGUCCAAGCUGCAUGUGGUCUUACUUUUGGGGUCGUUCCUUUUGUCUCUCGAAGGUCAUUGGGGGUGAUAUCUGGUAUGACAGGUGGGGGUGGAAACGUUGGUGCAGUUUUGACUCAGUUGAUAUUCUUUAAAGGAUCGAGAUACUCAAAAGAGACUGGGAUAACUCUAAUGGGUGUUAUGAUCUUAUGCUGUACCCUUCCGAUAACACUGAUCUAUUUUCCACAAUGGGGGGGCAUGUUUUGUGGUCCUUCCUCCUCAAACAAAGUGAGUGAAGAGGACUACUAUUUGUCCGAAUGGAGUUCGGCUGAGCAAGAGAUGGGUUUUCACCAAGCAAGUGUCAAAUUUGCUGAGAACAGCAGAGGCGAAAGGAGUGGAAAAGUUGACUCGGUUACCAGGCCUGAUGAAAUCCCAUCCCCUGAAGUUUGACUGUGUUCUUUUUAUGUGUAUAGAUAUAUUUUACCUAUAUAUAUAGUCGUAUGUAUAUAUGCAUAUUAAUGUGUUGUCAAGCGCCAAAAAAGGGUAAUUAAUAAAGGUUUCGUAUUAAUCUUGUAUUUAAUUUAAGGUUUUUCGACGUGAUAUAUGAG